CUCAGGUGAGCGUGUAUCAGGUGAGUGUGUAUCAGGUGAGCGUGUAUCAGGUGAGCGUGUAUCAGGUGAGCGUGCAUCAGGUGAGCGUGUAUCAGGUGAGCGUGUAUCAGGUGAGCGUGCAUCAGGUGAGCGUGUAUCAGGUGAGCGUGUAUCAGGUGAGCGUGUAUCAGGUGAGCGUGUAUCAGGUGAGCGUGCAUCAGGUGAGCGUGUAUCAGGUGAGCGUGUAUCAGGUGAGCGUGUGUAUCAGGUGAGCGUGUAUCAGGUGAGCGUGUAUCAGGUGAGCGUGUAUCAGGUGAGCGUUGUAUCAGGUGAGCGUGUAUCAGGUGAGCGUGCAUCAGGUGAGCGUGUGGUGAGCGUAUCAGGUGAGCGUGCAUCAGGUGAGCGUGUAUCAGGUGAGCGUGUAUCAGGUGAGCGUGUAUCAGGUGAGCGUGCAUCAGGUGAGCGUGUAUCAGGUGAGCGUGUAUCAGGUGAGCGUGUAUCAGGUGAGCGUGUAUCAGGUGAGCGUGCAUCAGGUGAGCGUGUAUCAGGUGAGCGUGUAUCAGGUGAGCGUGCAUCAGGUGAGCGUGCAUCAGGUGAGCGUGUAUCAGGUGAGCGUGUAUCAGCCUCACGACCUGCACAAAGCUCCUCCCAGCAGGACCUGACGAGGGACCAGCCAGCAAAUAUAUGGUCUUGGGAAAUCCGUUGCCGUUGUGGCGUUACUGUUCCUGAUGUUGAGGCAUUGUUCACCCGGCAAAUCCCGUGA